CUGCCCCGCGCCCGCCUCGGGACUCAGUUCGGACCGGGACGCUGAGCGGUCGAGACACGCGGCUCCCUGCAGUCCCCUUCCUUCGUGCCGCUGCGACCACGCGACCCUUGUGCCCGGCGCGCGAGCGAGCGAGUGCCACGAAACUAGUGCCGCCGCGGGCCAUGAGCCAGACGGCGACGCCAUGGUAGUGCCAGGUGACGCGGGCGUGCAGGCGGCGCCCCGCGUGGUGGCCGCCUGCAUUAAAUCGUACCACGACAUCCCAGAGGAGCUCUUCAACAGCCUGCAGGAGAGUUCCGUGGAUCGUAGUGACUGGAAGACUAUGCGCGACGGGCGGAGGGCGCUCCUGGCAGGUGGCGACGAGGCCAGCGACGUGGACACGGAGGAGGGCAGUGAGCUGGACGGCGGGGGCGGCGCCGCGUCCACCAGCGACUACCACACGAGCGACGGGCGCGGCUCGUCCCUCUCGGGCGCCAGCGACGACCACCACAAGCACGACUCUGCGCAGCGACAUGCAGACGACCACCUCAUCUACGCCACCAACGGGUCCAGCUACAUCACGCAAGG